UGCCGUUUUGGCUACCCUUUCCUUUUCUCCGUACGGCGUCUUUCUAAGCUUAUCUUAUCUGAUAAUCGUUAUCUUGACAACGUGCAAACCGCCAUUUUCAACGUCUUCAAUACCCCAUAAAGAAUGUUCGUUUUGGACUUGAAACUUAGAUCGUUAUUGAAAAUCUAUAGAGCCAUACUCAACACUAGCACAUAUCCUAGUAGCUCUUUCGAUUCCAAUGGCGAAAGUCUCCGAUGCCGCGCUGGACAUUGUGAGAAGGAGGGUGGCCUCUGUUUCUAACCAUCUCAUCCCAGUUCCUUUCUCCAGUUAUGCGUCAAUUGGAUUAUCCAACACUUCCAUGGACGAUAGCUAUCACAGAAUCCAUGGGGAUGUCUCGACAGAGCAAGUCGUUUGGAGAAAUGCGCAUGAUGGGUUCAAGGAGGAGUUCAGUGACAUUAUAUAUGAGAAAGCUGUUGGCGAAGGGAUUGCAAAGAUUACAAUUAAUAGGCCAGAAAGAAGGAAUGCAUUUCGGCCACUGACGAUUAAGGAGCUAAUCCGUGCAUUUGACGAUGCUAGGGAUGAUACUUCUGUUGGAGUUAUUAUUCUAACUGGGAAGGGAACUAAGGCGUUUUGCAGUGGCGGUGACCAGUCACUAAGAACCGCAGAUGGCUAUGCUGAUCCUAAUGAUAUUGGUCGUCUCAAUGUUUUGGACUUGCAGGUACAGAUUCGGCGUCUUCCAAAACCAGUAAUAGCAAUGGUUGCAGGUUAUGCAGUAGGAGGGGGACACGUGUUGCACAUGGUUUGUGAUCUCACAAUUGCAGCAGAUAAUGCUAUAUUUGGCCAAACUGGUCCAAAGGUUGGAAGCUUUGAUGCUGGUUAUGGAAGUUCCAUCAUGUCCCGUUUGGUUGGACCCAAAAAGGCACGUGAGAUGUGGUUUCUAGCAAGGUUCUAUACAGCUUCUGAAGCAGAGAAAAUGGGCCUUGUUAACACUGUUGUGCCUUUAGAAAAUUUAGAGCAAGAAACAGUGAAAUGGUGUCGACAGAUACUAAGGAAUAGCCCAACUGCAGUUCGUGUACUCAAGUCAGCUCUUAAUGCAGUUGAUGAUGGCCAUUCCGGACUCCAGAAUAAGCUCUACAAUGUGGUGCUCUUCCUCUUUCAUAUGCACUCGUAAACAAUUAUUUCUCAGGAACUUGGUGGGAAUGCUACACUUUUAUUCUAUGGCACUGAGGAAGGCAAUGAAGGGAAGACAGCAUAUAUGCAACAUAGACGACCAGAUUUCUCAAGAUUUCCUCGACGACCUUAAUGUCUACCAUUAUUGUUAUCAUGUAGAUUAUUUCCCACAUUGGUGGAGAUGAAUUGUUUACUGAAGAGCACUGAUGAUAGCUUUCUUCCCUAUCAAUAAUUUUAUGAUAAUUUUAGAAUAAUUUUUAAAGUA